GGCAAAAAUUAGCCGCCACCAGCAGCAAGCUGUGUCAAGACGUAGCAUUCUUCCUGGCAUCUCUGUGCACCAAUGCUCGCAGCCAGCAGAACCUUCGGGCGCGCCCUAGCUCGAAAAGCCAGCCACGCUGGCGGCACAGCGUCAGCCGCCGCGCAGCUCGCGCGACGGCGCCAGAGCACGCUGAGCGCGCGCGAGGCCGAAGCUUUGAAAGGGUUUCCCACCGUGGACGUCGGCGGUUUGUUCCCAGACGCCUCAUCAGACCGACGCGACGCCGCGCACGCGGAGCUGCGAAAAGCAUUAAUAGAUGAAGACGCGCCGGGCUUCUUCUACGCGUUGAAUGCACCAGAAACACUAAACGCGAAAUAUCUGGACUCGGUCUACGCCUUCGUGGAAGACGCCCACUCCCUACCUUUAAGAACGAAAGCACGGUUCGCCGAUCCGGAACGAGGUUCUGGAGAAUUGGGCGCGGCCUACAACGGCCCCGACGUGGGCUACUUGGAACCCAGCUAUGAUGGUGUCUCCGUGGCCGCGGCCUCGGCGUGGGACUACUCGCCCGAGGGUGCGAAGAAGGCUGGGGAUAAUUGGGACGCGGAGCUCCCCGCCUAUUUUCGGGAGACGAUGGAGGACCUGUACGAGCGCCAGAACGGCGUCGGCCGGGCCGUGUUGACGGGCAUCGCCGAAGUGCUGGACUUGCCCCCACAAACCUUCUCUGAUAGUUUUGAUCGCGGCGACCUCGGCACGAUCCGGUUGAUAUCGUAUCCCGGCUUCGAGCCGCCCGUCCACACGUUCUCGGCGGCGAACGCGAACUCGGGCGACCACGCCUGGACCUAUUCUGAUGAAGACGACGACGACGACGACGUGUGCCGGGCGGAUGUGGGGAUUGCGCCGCACACGGACUUCGAGGCCUUUACCUUGAUGCACCAGGACGCGCCCGGUUUGCAGUUGCUGUCGAGGACGGAGCUCGAGAAAGGAAAAGAUGGGAAGUGGAUCGACGCGCCGGUCGUCGACGCCUUCAUCGUCAUCGUGGGCGACAUUUUGGAGCGGUACACGAACGGCGUGUUGCGCGCGACGCCGCACCGCGUCGUGCGGCGGUCGUCGUCGCGGAGGUCGAUCAUCCGGUUCAACGCCGUCGCGCCCGACGCCGUCGUCGCGCCCCUGCCCAAGUUCGGCACGCCAAAGUACUCGCCCGUCACCAUGGACGAGCACAUGGCGACGACGCUCGGCAACUUGAGGAAGGGCGUGCCGUCCUGGGACGCGGCGACGAACACGAGCCGGUCGGCGACGUACGACUACGCGUCGUAA